CUUGCAUCUAUUUUCUGCUUGAACGGUCUACGAUCGGGGUUGGUAACAUCAGUUUGUGUCGAAAUUUGGACUGAAACGCAUCAGAGCUAAGCCGCUUGCCGCCUUGUGUUGUUUGUUGUCGUGGGACGUCGCUGUCAGUCAGUAUAGAAGGUGUGUUUCGAUGAAUCCUCGUAGCUCGCUCGCCAUGGGUUUGCUUGUUCGUGUGAUAGCCCGAGGAGUCGUCAGCAGCUGUUCGAAUGUAGUCGCCUCCACAAGCCAAAGUUCUCUCCUGGCAGCAACAUCAGCAGUAGUUCUCCGGUUGCCAUCGAGAAGCAUCGCCACAACAGUACGGCGGCAGAUAAAAUCCAGCAACCCUACCCGGAUAGGCCACAGUUUGGUAAACUUGCGGAACGUGAAAAUGCUCGGCGAUCGGAAACCCUUCUCGGCGGAUUUCUUCUUCCGUCAGCUCUUUGACGAGAAGUCAUGGACCUACACCUACCUCUUGGCGGAUCUCAACUCCAAGGAAGCCAUCCUGAUCGAUCCCGUGCUGGAACAGGCCAAACGUGAUGCCCAACUUAUCCAGGAACUGGGAUUCACCCUUACCUAUGCCUUAAACACCCACAUGCACGCGGAUCAUAUCACCGGCACCGGUUACCUGAAGCAGCUGCUGCCGGGGACGAUCAGCGUCAUCAGCGAGGCAAGCGGAGCCAAGGCGGACAAACACCUCAAGGACAACGAAACGGUCAAGUUCGGGCGUUUCGAGGUUCGGGCGGCGUCCACUCCGGGUCACACCAACGGCUGCAUGAGCUUCAUCGUCGACGAGCAGGGUAUCGUUUUCACCGGGGAUGCGGUGCUGAUCCGUGGCUGCGGGCGUACCGAUUUCCAGGAAGGUGAUGCCCGGACCCUGUACCAAUCGGUGCACGAGAAGAUUUUCAGCCUGCCCGAUAACUAUCGGAUCUAUCCUGCCCAUGACUACAAGGGACAACUUGAAUCAACGGUGGCCGAGGAGAAGAAAUACAAUCCACGACUUACCAAGGAUGUAGAUGCAUUUGUCGAGAUUAUGGCCAACCUGAAUUUGGCUUACCCAAAAAUGAUCGAUAAAGCUGUACCGGCAAAUCGGGAAUGCGGCCUGUACGACAUUCCAAAGGAAUGAACAUAGUGAUAAAGGUUGCUGUCGAGACCAACAAAAACUGAUUAUUAACUGAAGCAAUACAAGAGCAUUCGACAUGGAGUAUUUUUUCUUUUGUUUUAAAUUGAUGAACACGAUAACCAGUUAAGUUAUAGGUUCUACCUAGUUGUUAAAUGUAUGACAAGAAUACAGACAUCACUUAUUGAGCAAGUUAAAAA